AUGGAAACCAUUAGAAAAACCGAUCACAACGAGCUGCUUAUUGUCGGAGCCAAGGUGGAUGGCAAGAAUGUCGGCGGAGUUGGAUUUCUCGUAAACCAGGCAGUGGUCCACCUAGUCGACUCUCACAAAAUCGUUAGUCCACGCAUCGCUGUUCUACGUCUUCUGACCAAAAAUCAAGGAGCCAUAUCCAUUAUCAACGGAUAUGCACCCACCUCCACCGCCACUGACGAAGAACGCGAAGAAUUUUACCAGCUUCUGGAAGAUACGAUUCAGAAUGAGAGAACUUACUAC